CAGCAACAACCUACCUACCGCAUUACCAUGCCUCCCUUAAGCAGCCAUGCCAUUAAUGCGCAUUCCGUACACUGACCCGCUCCCAGCACCUCGCAUCCUCCCACGCAGCGCGUCGAGCGUCUCGGGGGCCAUCACAGCACUGACGACGUUCCUGACCGCGGCGCCACCAGCCCACCUGGCCAGCACAAGCGCGGCGUCGGCUUCUUCACAGUCACAGCCGCCCCAUGGCAAGACGCUGCUGCUGACAGGCGCGGGGAUCUCUGUCGCUAGUGGGUUGGCAGACUAUAGGGGCACCAACGGCACGUAUACGCUCAAUAAGUCGUACAAGCCCAUCUACUUCAGCGAGUUUGUCGCUAGGCAUGAGUCCCGUAAGCGCUACUGGGCGCGCAGUUUUCUGGGCUGGACGAAUCUUGAGAAGGCUCGCCCGAAUGCUGCGCAUUGGGCUGUGAGGGAUCUCGGGGAGCUGGGGCUGGUCGGCAGGGUGAUUACGCAGAACGUCGACUCCUUCCACCUAACCGCGCACCCCUCGCUCCCAACCACCGAGCUGCACGGCUACCUGCGCGCCCUCGUCUGCCUAACCUGCCGCCACCAGUACCCGCGCGCAGAGUUCCAAGCGCGCCUCGCCGCGCUCAACCCCGCAUGGGCGGGGUUCCUGGCCGAAAUGCUUGCGGCCGGCGCGCUGAGCACGGAGAACCCGGCCGCGCGGCGCGCAAAGGGCUUGCGCACGAACCCCGACGGCGACGUCGACGUCCCCGGCGUCGACUACGCCAGCUUCCGCUACCCGGCCUGCCCCGUCUGCCUCGCGCGCAGCAACAUGGACCGCGACCGCGGCGGGCUGCGCGUCGUCGUGGACAGCGACGGCGCGUGGUGCACGGCGUCGAAUGGCGGGGUGCUGAAGCCCGCGGUGGUGAUGUUUGGGGAGUCGAUUCCUGCAGCGACGAAGGACGCGGCGGACGCGGCGGUCGAUGACGCGGGCCGCUUGCUUGUGGUCGGCAGCAGUCUGGCGACGUACUCGGCUUGGCGGCUGGUGAAGCGCGCGAGGGAGCGCGGCGUCCCCGUCGGCAUUCUUAAUGUUGGCGGGGUGAGGGGCGAGGAGGCGUUUUUUGCGGACGUGGAUGGCGGGGAGGAGGGUGCGGCGCGCGCGGUUAGGGCCGCGGAGGACGCGACCCUCGUGCUGCCUGGGGUUGUGGAGAGGGUGAGGGCAUUGAGGGGGAUGGGUGAGAGCUUGCGUCAUGCGGAUGGGGUGAGGGCUGGUGUGGGCGGGUGAGGUGGGAUGGCUGUGUGAAGUUGGGAAGGUGUAUGAGGUUGAGGAAGGCGUUAUGCGGUUGCUGGUGCGUCGGAUCAGUCAGUACGCCACAUACUGCUCCGUCACCGCCAGGCAUGAUGGGGUCGCGAUCACAUCUCGAGACUUGUCCCUGAGAGGUAGACUACCUAGACAUCUGAAGAUCUUGAUCAGAGACGGGAGAGACAUCUUACAUACAUCGCAAGCAGCGUUCUGGUUCCAGAGACAUGUCUCCCGCACCCUUCACUCUUGUCCACGACACCAUGACAGGAAUAAGGCGUGAUGUAAUGUAGGCUUAGGAGUAGGCAACAAAAAGACCUGGCGCCCUCACACGCGCGAG